AUGUUUUCAACCGCGGCUGCAUUGGCCGAUGCCGAAUUUCAUAGGGUUGAAGAUGCUUAUGCAAGAUAUGUGGAGUAUGCAAAGGCGACUGGAUUUGCUGUUCAAAAAGGGGAUUCCAUUAAAGAUGAUGAAGGAAAUGUUGUGAGAAAAUUUUCCUAUUGCAAUCGACAGGGCUUGCGGGAGAAGAAGCACUAUGAGAGGGCGGAUAGGAAGAGGGCGCAUAAGGCAGAUACUAGGACCAACUGUAGUGCGAAGUUCGUUGUAUUUUUAGACAAACAGAGUGGCAAGUGGAGGACGAAGACAUUUGUUCAAGAUCACAAUCAUGAUUUGACUUUGCCUGCUUUCACUAAUGUGAUGGCAGCCCACCGCAAUAUCAACGAAGGUGAUAAAGCCCACAUUCAUAGUAUGCACGAAGCAGGAUUCCAAACCAAUCAGAUCAUGUGGUUCUUUGCAUAUUUGUCUGGGGGUUAUCAAAACUUGCACUUCAUAAAGAAGGAUGUUUACAACUAUAUCGACGAUGUACGUCGCUCUCGGAUUGUUCAGGGCAAUGCGGCAGCAGCAAUAAGUUAUCUGAAGGGAAAAACUGAGAUGGAUCCAUUAGCUGUUGUGAUGUACACAUAUUGUCCCGAAAACCACCUUGGUCAUCUGUUUUGGUCAGACGGAGCGAUGCAGUAUGACUAUGAGUGCUUUGGUGACGUGUUGCCCAAAGUUGUGGUUACAGAUGGAGACGAGUCAACGAAGGAGGCUAUUAGGACAGAAUUCCCUAAUGCCACGCAUCGACUUUGCACCUGGCACUUAGCGUGGAAUGCUGUUUCAAACAUCAAGGAUAAUGAUUUUUGUGCUGCUUUUAAGACUGCUGUGUAUGGUCAUUUUGAGGUAGAGGAGUUUGAUCAGUAUUGGGCAGACAUGGUUGAUGCAUUCGGGUUACAGGAGAACGAAUGGAUUUGGGCAACGUACGAGAAGAGGGUACAUUGGGCAAAUGCAUAUUUGUGUGAUACGUUUUGUGCUGGGUUGAGAACGACGUCAAGACGCGAGGGUAUUAAUGCAUUGCUUAAAAGGUUUAUCAAGUCAUCGAAUUGUUUGUUGGAGUUGGUCGAGAAUCUUAAACGUGUGGUUAAGGACUACAGGAAUAAUGAGUUUAUCGCGGAUUACAAAUCUCUAUAUUCAGAACCGGUCAUAACUACUGGACUGGAAUCAAUUGAGAGGGCCAUGUCACAAAUCUACACUAGAGAGAUAUUCUUCGAGGUCAAGAAAUAG